UCAUUUCUAUUGGUGAGUGUGAGCGUGUCUGCGCGUGGGUUAUCCUGCUGGUCGGAGCACACCUGGCAGGACGAAAGAGUGGCCAGUACAAUUCCGUGCCGCAGGAAUAACACGUGCUUUCGAUUGCGGCUAUUAAUACCGAAUAAACCAAGUCACACGAAACAAUGACGAACUGCAAUUAGCAUGAAACAGAGACGAUCCCCAAAAGAGAACCACACAAAGACUUUCCUGGUGCUUCCACUUGUUGCGAGUAAUGAAGAGAUGACCAGAAAUCCUGGUCUCAGAUUGUUCACCAAAACUUGGCCCUCCAAAGACAAGGAUGUGGAGAACAAGAGACCGCAGACUGCGACUCUGGAGAGGCCACAGAUCCUCGACAUCAGAUUGGCCACCAAAAUCGACAUGUCUCUUCUACGCAAAGAGUUUUUGACUAUAACCAACCUAUGCCGAAUCCCAUUGGCCACGAUCAAUCGCACAAAACCGAAGACCGGAACAGCUCUGGUAGAUAGACGAAGGCCUGUCUCAAAUCUACCAAAACCAAUAUCGCCGCAUUCGGGUCGAAUCAAAGUGGAUGAGAUCACCGGUAAAGUGCGAUCUCCUACCAUAAUAACGACAACUGCGUCUAAGAAGCCCGACGAUAUUAAUAAUAAUUUGAAGGCGUUGAGGAAGAGAUCGCCGGGAAAGCCGAGCCCGAAGCUGCGGAAAUCGACCAAACUUUUGUUACCGGAACCUUGCACCACCUGCGGCCGACCGGAUCAGCCGGAGCGUUUCCACAGUCAUCCCGUCACUCCGUUGAAGCCACACGUCAGGAAAUGUGAGCUGAAGGUUGUCAAAAACUCUGUUCAGAAGCCGCUUGCCAUCAAAUACAAAUCUACCAAACCACCGAAUAAGAUCGUCCUGCCUUCACAAAGUGCUGAGCCCAAUCUGAAGCCCAUGAAGCCAACAAAAGGGCCUAGGACUUUGACGUGCUACUUAUGCGGUAGAGAAUUUGGAACAACUUCUCUACCCUUGCACGAACCAAAAUGUUUAGAAAAAUGGGAACGCGAAAAUGCCAACUUACCAACCCAUCUGAGGAAGAAACCACCACCGAAACCUAGUGCAAACCUGGAUAAGGAGGAGUGGAACAAGUUUGCAUGGAAAGCUUCACAGGCAGCUCUAACGGCUUGUCAAAAUUGUGGACGAACGUUCUAUCCGGACCGUUUGCUUGUGCAUCAGAAAAGCUGCAAAGCACCUCUACAAGGAUUUAUGAAAUCCAACAAUGAACCGUUGCGAAAUUACUCAAACGCAAAGUCCCAGCAACCGCUGACGGUGAAGUGCUCGGUAUGCGGAAAACUCUUCGGCACCAAAUCCAUAAAAAUUCACGAACCCCAAUGCUUGAAGAAAUGGCACAUUCAAAACGAUGACUUGCCAGCAAAACAACGCGAACCGAUGGCGAAAGACAUCGCGGUUUCCGUGAAGACAAAAGAGAUCCCUCCGAAACCGGAGAACAAACGACCAACGUCAGGAAGGAAGCCGCCUAUGUUUCCUUGCUACCUGUGCGGCCGUUUGUUUGGUGUAAGCUCGAUUUACAUACACGAGCCUCAAUGUCUCAAGAAGUGGACUUUGGAGAACGAUAAACUUCCACCUAACAAGAGAAGACAGGUCCCUUUGAAGCCGGACAUCAAGUUUACACAGGAUGGGAAAAUUGACUUCGCUGCUAUGGAGGAAACCAAUUGGCAUACUCAUCUUAGCCAAUUGGUGCCCUGCCAACAUUGCAAUCGCACCUUCAAUCCGGAUAGAGUCGAUGUACACGAAAGAAACUGCAAGGGGCCAACUAAGCCCUUGAAAACCUUCUGAGACUCCUCUCUAUUAGCAAAUCCUACAUCUCCCGGUUUGGCCUUUCCUAUUACUUACGAUCUACAUGAAUUUAUUUUUUUUUAGUGCAGAGUUUGUAAAGAUGUGUGCAGUAUUAAUGUGAAAUAUACACUCAACCAUUA